CGGCCCCCGCAACGUGCACCUCCAGCCCCCGACAUCGUCCGACACCUUUUUUCAGCGCCCGUUCUUCCUGUGGAUGCCGUACCGCAUGUGGGGCUACAAGCUGUCCUGCACGGUGUGCAGCCACAGGUUGUCGGGAGCCGGACUCUACAGGACCGUCCGGAGGGUCCUGGACACAGACGGAUGGUACUUUAUGGCCACAGAGUACCUGGAGUGCCGGCGCUGCAGGAAGAAGGUGGCGGGCUGGUCACAGGAUGUCUUGGAUCAGCUGCACCCCGUCCACCGGGAUGAGUUUCCAGCUAUCCUGACUUACAGGUCAGACAAGGAGUCUCCGAAUGCUGGGUCAACUCUCCACAGCUAGACAGGCACACACGGUCAGUCCUAACAUCUCUGUUCUCUCUAACACAGGUUAUCCUGUGACAAAAAGCUCAUUGGGCAGAUGCGUGACCGCACGCUGGGCAACGGGGCCAACCGGCUACGCAGAUAUCUACUUGAGGAGCACACCAGGUCCUGGAUCUUGCAGUCCAAAAGUUACCUGUUUGCGUUUGCCAAGUUUAUCACAUCGGGUGCCGAGCCAUUUGCAACUCCGCCUCUACCACCACGGAUGACCCCUGUGCCCAGUGCAAAGUGGUUGCUGUCCGUCUACGCCAGGGAGGUGGCUUUGAGGCUUGAAGAGACCAAGGCCCGGAUCACCUCCAUCUUUGGCUCAAUCUUAAAAAUGGACUCAACCAAGAAGGUGACCAAGAAACUUGCUGGUGCCGCGGCAGGUACGGCAGCCUGGGUGACUAACGUGGAGAAUGAGCACGGCCAGAUCUUGAUCAGCGUCCUCACUGCAGCCAAGGGCGCUGGCCUGCACCCCAUGGCCACCGGGCUGAUGCAGCGAUACCGUGAUGCCAGUGUGUCCCCGCCUCUGGUCCUAUAUGUGAACCGAGACUGCUGUUCCCACGGGGGACCAUCCAAGGUGUCCCCUCUUAUUCCACCAGUGGGAUCAGCUAGUGGUGCGGCUCGAUGUGUGGCACCUGAUGCGACGCUUUGCGGCGGGUGUCACCACGGAGAGCCACCCACUAUACAGCCUCUUCAUGGCACGUCUCUCAUUCUGUAUUUUUGAGUGGGACCAGGGAGACGUCGCCCAGCUGCGACAGGCCAAGGCUGGUGAGGUGGGGAAGGGUCCCCGAGGCUCCGGCUACGGAAAUAUCCCGUUAAAGGAGCUGGCCCGCCACUGCCGCCGCCGCACGCGUGGUGCAGAGGAGACCGGUCGGCUCAUUGACGAGAUGCUGGAGGCCUUUGGGGAUGCCACUGACACCAUGGGUGUCCCGCUUUUGGACCGCGACAAGAUCCAGGACAUUUGGAAGACUCGGAGGCGCCACCUCCACUGCAUCCAGGACCCACCCGGCGUGCACCUGUACAUGCAGACCGGGCGGCUGGUCAAAGGGGGGAUCACGCUACCAGUGUUCAGGUGUGCGCGAGGUACAACUUCGUUGGAGUCGUUCCACCUGCAUCUGGACCGCUUCAUACCUGGUAAGGGUGCCCAGAAUCCUGUUCUUUGUGACCUGUGUUGUGCGAGGGAGUGGGUGACAUUGUAUAUUUCUCUC